AUCCCGAGGCGAGCUGCAGGCGCUCGUCCAGCGCCCAAGCCCGGCCGGGCGGCGAGCACGGCCGCACACUCCCUCCUGUCCGCUCUCUCUUCCGCCACCUCCUGUUCCAGCCGCGACUCCCGGCCGAGUUGCCCCAGAGACCGCGACGCCGCCACCGCGCCGAGGGACCAAUGAGAGCCCCGCUGCUGCCGCCGGCGCCCGUGGUGCUGUCGCUCCUGAUCCUGGGCUCAGCCCAUUAUGCUGCUGGAUCAGCUGCCAACGACACCUCCUCUGGGAAAGGGGAACCAUUUUCUGGGGACCACAGUGCCAAUGGAUUUGAGGUUACCCCAAGAAAUGGGUCCUCAGGAAGGGAGAUUUCCCCUGUGAGUGAAACGCCUUCUAGUAGGGAACUGUCCUCGGGGAUCGACUAUGAUUAUGCAGAAGAGUAUGAUAACGAACCACAAAUAUCUGGCUAUAUUGUAGAUGAUUCAGUCCGAGUUGAACAGGUAGUUAAGCCCAUGAAAAACAAGACAGAAAGUGAAAAGACUUCAGAUAAACCCAAAAGAAAGAAAAAAGGAGGCAAAAAUGGAAAAAAUAGAAAAAACAGAAAGAAGAAAAAUCCGUGUGAUGCAGAAUUCCAAAAUUUCUGUAUUCAUGGAGAAUGCAAAUAUAUAGAGAACCUGGGAGCAGUAACCUGCAAAUGUCAUCAGGAUUACUUUGGUGAACGGUGUGGGGAAAAGUCCAUGAAGACUCACAGCAUAGUUGACAGUGAUUUGUCAAAAAUCGCUUUAGCCGCCAUAGCUGCCUUUGUGUCUGCCGUGAGCUUCACAGCGAUUGCUGUUGUUAUCACAAUCCAGCUUCGAAAACGAUACUUCAGGGAAUGUGAAGGAGAAGCUGAAGAACGAAAGAAACUUCGACAAGAAAAUGGAAAUGUACAUGCCAUAGCAUAACGGAAGGGUAUCGGAUCUGAGUCACUGCCAAGUCACAACGACGAGUGAUGCGCUGGCUCCUCUUUUCGGUGGAUCAUAAGAAAACAGAACCUUUUCGUUCUGAUGGUUUUAAACUUUCAAUUGCCACUUUUUAUGCUAAGUCUUAUUUCUGUACAUAAAGAUGCAUGGAGAUAAAAAGUAUUUUUUCAAGUUGUAAAUAAUUUAUUUAAUAUUUAA